UUGCGUGUGGGCUUGAACACCGGUUAUUAAAGUAGCCGAAUAGGUAGGAAGCACAAGUAAGCAGUCCUGAACAACAGUUCUUAUGGGGGUUAUUACAAGGGGCAUGCGCUGCUACUAAAUAGUACCGAGAUUUUGUCUGUGAUCACACAGCCCCUGCAGCCCCUGCGCCGCCGCCGCACCGAAUAUCCCCGGAUAUCAUUACAGACAUCUGGGCACCUUACUUUAGCACACAUUAGCAUAUGCUAUUAGCAUUAGCAUAAUAACAAUGGAUAAACCGAAAUCCGAACCUCCACUGCUGAGCCAAUCAGAGCACAGCAGGCUUCACAGCAGCGAUCCAAUCAGAGCAAAGCUCAUUACCAUAAAUGUUAAUGAGCCAAAACCAGUUGGUUUUCCUGUAAGGUUUUUUAGGCAUACUAAAACAAACCAUCAAAUAACUUUUCAGCUAAAAUUAUGUUGCAAACAUGAUCAGAGGACAUCAAGGAUUAUGAAAAAAUGAUAAAAAUGGGUAUGAAAUUUUGGUAGCAGGUCCCCUUUAAAAUAUUCUUUUUUGACUGGUAGAAUUCCAAUUGAAGUGACUGUCAUGCUUAGUGAUGGUUUUGAGCUGUAUAGUUAAAAAUAGUUUGAAUUUCUAUGUUAAAUAUUCAGAGUAAGGAACGUCUGCUGCAAAACUGCAUUUGAAAGACACUUUAAAUAUUCUUGUUUGACUAUUAUCAUUCCACAUGAAAUGACUGUCAUGUUUAGUGAUGGUUUUGAGCUGUAUAGUUAAAAAUAGUUUGAAUUUCUAUGUUAAAUAUUCAGGGUAAGAAACAUCUGCAUUUCCUUUUUCUACAACAAUUUUGCUACAAUAAAGCAUAUGAAAGACAUUUUAAAUAUUCUUGUUUGACUCGUUUCAUUCCGCUUGAAAUGACGGGAAAAUGCAUAAUUUAGUGUUGAAUAAUGUGCCAGGCAUGUGCACCCCCUCUGAUCUGAGAUGCACCCCUAGUCAUCAUUUUCUAGACCCAGCCCUGCCUCCAACUCUCAGGCCCAUUUUCCCGCUGACAGGGGAGACCAGAAAACUGUUGCUUGUAUUUGUCAUUUUGUACUUUUUUUCCACAGGUUAGAUCAUAUUUCCUACCAGGUUAAGAAAAAUUAAUUCAUGCAUUUAUUACCAGGCUUGAUUGAUGAUCUUUAACCUUUUUUUCUUUACACUUCCUAUUUCUGAAUUGUGCUGCUUUGGUGGAUAAAGAUGUAAAAAGAAAUCAGCUGCUGACUGCAGAAUUUUGGGGUCUCUGUUAGUCAUUCAGACAGCUGGCACUUCAGUCAACCAGAAACAAUGUUAACCACAGACUUGCUGUUUACAACAGACUUGCUGAACUGUGUUAUGUGGUCACUGUGUGCACACAACCAUAACAUGCUAGAGAGGACACAGAGGUGUAAUGAGAGGCCCUGUCUGAGUUAAAAUGAGAGCAAAUUAGUCUGUCCAGACAAGACCUUGAAUUUAGAUGAGAUAUGAGUCUAAUCUGUUCAAGAAAGGGGCAGCUGCUGCAGGGUUUAUUAAAUGUUUUCCAGGAUGAAGCUCUAUACACAUCUGAUGACAAAUAAAUAAAUAAAUAAAUAAAAAAAUCAGAGGACUUUUGGACUCUUUACCCUUCCCAAAACAACCUUCUGUUGUUCACAAACUAAAAGUAUCUAAUAAAAUAAGAAAACAAGGUGGAUAUGAUGACCACUUCCCCUGUGUGUGUGUGUGUGUGUGUGUGUGUGUGUGUGUGUGUGUGUGUGUGUGUGUGUGUGUGUGUGUGUGUGUGUGUGUGUGUGGCUGCUCUCUUUAGGCCUAGAGGUAUGUAUUGAAGCUAACAUAAAUAUUCAAUUUAAAAAGUGAUGUUACAAAAAUAAAAAAAAACUCCUGACAUAAGCUACUCACACUAACUUUAAAUUAGAAAUGAACUAUAAUAUUGGAGUGAGAUCACAUUAACUGAUCACCCUUGUCCUGCGCAAUGACUAUUGUGCAUGUCCAUUGUGCAGCCCUAGCCUGGCUUUUUGUCCAGCGUUUACUGAAGAUCUUGUAACUUGUGCUGUACAACACAAUACAAUUAGAAUUAAUACAGAAUUAAUGUAAAAUUGCCACCACAAGUAGUCCCGGAUCAAUGGGGUACCUCAAAUUAAGCCCAAGAUUAAUGUUUUAAAACAUAACUUGAAUAAAGGUGUUUGAACUCUGAAUGAAGAUUUGAGAUUUGAUUUAUUUGGUCCCCUUGAAGAAAUUCAUCUUCACUGACUGUACAUUAUGGGAAAGACAACAACAUUGCACAUUACAAACAUCAACAAACAGUAAGGACAGACAUAAAUAGUGUGGGACAGUGAUAACAGCAAAAGGUGACAGGCUGGUCAGUCAGUGCUGUCGCUGCAGAGCGUGCGCCAUCUUGUAACUAAGACCAUCCUCUUAUCAUCUCAAACCUUUCAUGGUAUAUUGAAUGCAUCAGACAGUGACCCAGACAGUGAUAUCACCAGAAUAAAGGACUCCUGACCUAAAACACUCAUUUUCGAUCAGACAUUUCCAUUAUUGGUGCUGUUAGACAAACUGAGGUAUCUGACUGAGGUAUAUAUAUAUUUUUAAUGUCAAAGUCUGUUGAUAUUUCUUUAAAAUGUACUUGGCAUUGAAUACUGUCAAAUCCCACAUGCUGCCUUGUCUAAGUGUUUACUGUGAUCACAUAACUCACAGUGCAAUACAAUACAACAGCAAAUACACAAUACAGUACCAUUCAAAGCAAUAACGAGCCAUACUGAUAGGAAUUUAAACUGUAUCAUAUGGAGUACAGCUUGAGAGCCAGUUUAGUCUGCUCGUGUUAACGUUGUGUUAACCUGCCAAGUCACUCCAUCAUAAGCAACUGAUUUUUAGCAUCUUUUAAGGCUGAAAUUUUAAGAGAUUGUUGGCUUUCAAGUUGAGUUUUUAAUCAAGUGGGUUUUUCUUUAAAACUUGCCCUGAAAAGACUUUCAAACCCAACAGAAUCUCUGGAAGGAGCCAUGCCUCGACUCACCACUCCUGGCUGUGACAGCUGCCUUCACUUGACCCAGAAAAUCUCAGAGCUUGAAGGAAGCAUAUCCAUCUUAUACUAGAUUAGUAAUGAAGAGCAGAUCAUUGACUCCCUUGUCACCCUGGGCCCGACUACUGUCACAUCGACUGCUGCUGAGCUGGACUCCGCUGUUCCAUAUGUGGAUAAAGCCACUACCCAGCCUGUCCACCACUGUAUUCAGCUUGGAGCAAACUCCAAGCUAAAGGGGGCCAUGGGAGGUAGUUUGCAAGGGACAGGGAGGCAGGAAUGUUCCUGCUUGCCAUAAACCAUAACCAGUUUUCCUAAGGGGCGCUGGAUCUUAGCACUGCCUUUGAUACAGUAGACCACACUAUACUUUUAACUCACCUAAAACACCUUGGCCUCUCAGGUGCUCUUCACUGAUGGUUCAUCUCCUAACUGACAGACAGAACGUGUAGGCCCUGUGCUUUUUAACCUGUACAUGCUCCUUCUUGGCGGUGUCAUCAGGAGACAUGGAAUCAACUUCCACAGCCAUGCUGAUGAUACACAGCUCUACAUCUCUGUGUUUCCUGAUGACACCAGGCCAAUGGAUGCUCUUUUUAACUGCAUUUUAGAUAUCAAAUCCUGGAUGGCAGAGAACUUUCUCCAGCUUAACCAUUACAGAACUGAGGUUUUAGUCAUCGGCCCUGGGGCCAAGAGAGAGAAACUUUUACCCAAACUACUAGCACUGUCUUUAAUCCAUCACCACAAGUGAGAAACCUGGGCAUCAUUUUUGACUCUGAGCUGACUUUUAGUCCACACAUUAAGAACAUAACAAAAACCUUCUAGGACCCUGGGCUCCUCUGGCAGCAAGCUCGUAGUCAUUCCAAAAGUCAGGAAACACACUCAUUGUGAGGCGCCUUUCCAGUAUAACGGCCCUCGUCUAUGGAACAGCCUGCCAGAGGACCUCAGGGCCGCAGAGAACGUUCAUGUUUUUAAGAGCAGGCUCAAGACCCACCUUUUUAGCUUAGCUUUUAAUUAAAAUAGCUCAACUACUAUACAAGGCCAAGAAAAAUAUGCUCCUGAUGUCACAGUCCGCUCUGCUGCUCUGCUUCUCUCCUGCUCUGCCACACCCCUCAUCAGCUCUACUGCUUCCACCUGCCACUGUCACCUGCUCAGAAGUAAUCAUUUCCACCUGUAGCCCCCAGCUGAUCCUCAUCACCCAGCAAGUAUAUAAGCCAGUUUACUCACUCAUUGCCAGAUUGUUGUCGCUCUCAUGCCUGACUUUCCAGAAGUAAUUCCCAGACUGCUUACCUGGUAUCAACCUGACUUGCCUCUGACCGUCGCUUCACAUUUCAGCCCCGAAAGAUCCACCAGCCUUCAGUCCCCUACGACGAGUACUGCCUGCCUGUCUUCUGCUUCUUGUCUACCUGUGGUUGGUUGGCUCUCAGCCUGUUCCUGUUCUGUCAGAGACCCCCCUCGUCAGCUUCAGCUCGCCAGCUCACCUCCUCUGGAGCCGUCAGCCCUGUCUACUCCGUCUCCAGGUCCGGAUCCACGCCCUGCCCUCAUCUGAACUCAUCUCAUCUGAUUGCCUGCCACUCGGAAGACCCGGGUCCCACCUGAUCCCACCUGAUCUGCUGCAUUAUUGACUGUCUUUCUACUUUACCUGGAAAAUAAAGACUCUUUGAAACAAGAAAAAAAACUGUUUCAUUUGUGCUGCAGCUGGGUUCACUCUAUACCUGUUACAGUACAACCUGGCCAAAUAUGGACCCAGCGCACAAACCCACACCACUUAGCCGCCUUGAGGCAAUCGAAGGUGUCCUGCAACAACAUGAAGCCAUGACGACUGCAUCUGCUGCUGAAGCCAGGCAGGCUGCUGAGACUCAGGGACGGGCACUAGCAGCAUUAGCUGGACAGAUGGAACAGCUAACUGCCCAACUUUCCUAGUUCUCUGCAGCCGCUGGAUUCGCCCCCUCUUCUGAAGCAUUGGCUUCUGCUCCUGCACCAGUACCUGCCUCUCCUCUGCCCAGAGAUGCUCCUGAGCCCCUGGGUGGGAACCCCAGAUCGUUACGACUGUGAUCAAGAGACUUGUGGCCCCUUCCUCACCAACUGCUCUCUUCUGUCUGCACUGCAGCCCCGGUCAUCAACCACCUGACAGGCAGAGCUUGACUAUGAAUCAGCUGAGUGGGAAAGGCGGUCUUCUGCCUGUGCAUCCUUUGACCUGUUUUCUGCCUAGCUUUGCAAGGUUUUUGGCUUCGAGAACUGCGGUUCUGAGUCUGCAAGGGGACUGAUGGGAGUGAAACAAGGCAAGCAAACCAUGGCAGACUACUCUACUGAUUUCUGCACCAGAGCCAGCUAAAGCAGUUGGAACAGCUCAGCCCUCUGUGAUGCCUUCCUCCAUGGUUUAACUGACUACAUUAAAGAUGAACUGGUCUCCCAUGACACCCCCGUCACUUUGGACGGGGUGAUUGAUCUAGCCAUCCACAUCGACCUUCAUAUCCAGACUCGUCGACGAGAGAAGCACCAGGGGGGAACUCAACAUUCUCUCCCUCCUCGCUACCAUGGGGGUGCUGUUGCAGUCAACUCCUCCUCUUUGGGCAAGCAGAAUGGGGAUCCUGAGCCCGCACUGAGAGGAGCACCACUGCAGGUCCAAUCUCUGCCUCUAUUGUGGAGCGGCAGGACAUUGUAUCUCCCACUGUCCAGCAAAAGCCAGAGCUCACCAGUAGUUGGGGAGACCCUGGUGAGCUCAACCGCCCUGUCAACUCCCCGAAGCCAGAGACCCCUGUUCCAAGGUCGCCUCCUCCUUCCGGAUGGCCCUCAAUCCAUGGUUAUCUUUAUUGACUCCAGGGCCGAUGCCUGUAUCAUUGAUGAGGAGUUGGUCCUUCAGCUGGGGCUUGAGCAGGUUCCUUUGCCUCAUCUGGUUCCUGCUAGAGCCUUAGAUGGACAUAUCCUGGGCACCAUCACACAUCAGACCUCUCCUGUUCACCUGCUGCUUUUUGGUAAUCUUCACGAAACAGUCCAGUUUCACAUCCUGAGCUCUUCCUGCCUGCCACUAAUCCUAGGGUAUUCAUGGCUCUGCCUUCACAACCCUCACAUAGACUGGUCCACUGGGGCUGUUCUGGAGUGGAGCCCCUCCUGUCAUCAGAGGUGCCUGCAGCAAGCCUCAGCUCCACUUCCCCCCUCCAGCUCCAACUCCAGCUUUUCACCUGACCUCACUGGAGUACCACCUGUGUGCCAUGAUUUCCGCCAGGUCUUCAGCAAAACCAGAGCCUCUUCUCUGCACCCACACUGCCCCUAUGACUGUGCCCUAGACCUCCUGCUUGGUAUGUCACCUCCUAAGGGGCGCCUGUACUCUCUGUCUGAGCCAGAGAGAAAAAAGCCAUGGAGACUUACAUUAAUGACUUCCUGGCUGCGGGCAUCAUCCGUCCCUCAUCAUCUCCUGCUGGAACAGGGUUUUUCUUCGUGGAGAAGAAGACAAGACAUUGAGACCCUGCAUUGACUACGGAGGACAUAAUGACAUCACUAUAAAGAACCGUUACCCACUGCCACUCAUCUCCACUGCCUUUGAACUGCUCCAAGGGGCCACCAUUUCCUCUAAACUAGACGUGCGUAAUGUCUACCACCUUGUUCGCAUCAGAGAAGGAGAUCCGCAUUCGCAACUACAGCCCCUAUGGCAGCCCCUCUCACCAUUCUGACCUCCUGAAAAGUGGAGGUCGAGAGCCUUUAGUGACUGUGACAGUGUGACUCCUCCUCCUGACUGGUGAGCGUGCGCAUUGCAUCAUUCCCUUCCCUGCUGUAGAACUGUGUGUGUAGCGUUUUGCUCCUCCUGAUAGCGUUCUUGCUGUUUGGGUUAUUUUCUCUCUUUAAUCUAUCAAUACAUCUAUUUGUUUAAAAGUCUGUGAGUAUAUCUGAUAGUUCUCACCAUGCACCGUCUUUAUCUCCAUUCCGGGUGAUCUCUGUGGUGGUUUACUUUAUUAGCUCUUAGCUUCUCUUAGCUUCACUCGCUAACGAUGGCUUCCCCCGGUCUCCUGCUUCUCCUGCCUGCUUCUGCUCAGUGUGUCAGAUGUUUAGUUACUCCUCAUCCUCCUUAGAUGAUAACGAUACCUGCUUUAAGUGUAGUUUAUUCUUAGCGCCGAUGCUAGAGUAGCAGUAGCUAGCCAAGACCCGGUAGCUGGUACGGGUCGUCGUAGCAUAGCUUCCCCCCCAGCAGAUCCCGGGAGCAGCCGGGAUGUAGUAGUGGUUGGGUUACUGUGAAAGGGAAGCAUAGCGGCAGGCCUAAGAAGCCCAUGUUAAACCACCAUAUUCACAUUUUAAACAAAUUUGCCCCUCUCAGCAACACACCUGCUGAGCCCGACACUCUUGUGAUUGGAGACUCUGUAGUUAAAAAUGUGAAAUUAGCAAAGUCAGCAGCCAUAGUUCAGUGUCUUCCGGGGGCCAGAGCCGGAGACAUCGAAGGUAGUUUAAAACUGCUGGCAAAGGCUAAACGUAAAUUCCGUAAGAUUGUAAUAUAUGUCGGCGUUAAUGACUCCCGGCACCGCCAGUUGUAAGUCACUAAAUUGAACGUGGAAUCAGUGUGUGAAUACGUCAAAACCAUGUCGGACUCCGUAGUUUUCUCUGGUCCCCUCCCUGCCUGAUCGUCGUAUCUCAUCAUGUCGAGGUGGUGUCCGCAAAACGGUGUGGGCUUCAUUGAUAAUUGAAAGUCGUCUCGGGGCAAGCCUGGUCUGAUUAGACGGGACGGCAUUCAUCCCACUUGAGAUGGAGCGGCCCGUUUAUCCAGAAAUCUGGCUGAUUUAUUUAGUCUGAACCACUGACAAUUCAGAGCAGAGAUCAGGAAGCAGGGCCGCAGUCCUACAUGCUCCUCUGCUUCUCCCUUAGAGCAGCUUCUCAAGCACUAUCAUUUUUAUACAGAGACUAGGGAGCAGAGCCGCAGUGUAAAACGCUCUUUUGCAUUCCCUUCAGAGCAGCUUCCCAGCUACAAUCAGUUUGAUAUAGAGAUCAGGGAGCAGAGCCGCAUUCCUACACUCCUCUGUACUCCCUUCAGAGCAGCUUCCUAGCUACAAUCAGUUUGAUAUAGAGAUCAGGGAGCAUAGCCGCAGUCAUACACGUUCCUCUGCACUUUUGUUAGAGCAGCCUCCUAGCUCCUAUCACUUUAAUAUAGAGACUGUGUCUGUCCCUCUUCCUCGGCUCUUUAAUUCUAACCACCGUUUAACAAAGGAGUAAAAAACAAGGACCUUACUAGAAUUAAAACUGCUAACAUAGUUGAACCAAGUAGUAGUAAGAUAAAAUGUGGUCUACUGAACAUAAGGUCUCUAAGUUCCAAAUCUGUGUUAUUAAAUGAACUAAUCUCUGAUCAUCGCCUUGAUUUACUCUCCCUAACCGAAACUUGGCUGCGUCAGGAUGAAUAUGUCAGUUUAAAUGAAUCCACUCCUCCUAGCCACCUGAGCUUUCACAUUCCUCUGGACUCUGGCCGAGGUGGUGGAGUUGCAGCUAUUUACAAUUCCAGUCUUCGAAUCAACCCAAGACCAAAACUGGAUUGUAACUCUUUUGAAAGUCUUGUUCUCAGUCUUCCGCAUCCAGCCUCAAAGACCACUGGUAUUUGCUAUAUUUUAUCGUCCCCUGAGCCCAUACUGAGUUUUUGUCAGAAUUCUCAGAGUUUCUAUCUGAUCUAGUCUUUUGUGCAGACAAAGUCAUUGUCGUUGGUGACUUUAAUAUUCAUGUGGAUGUGGAAAAUGAUAGCCUGGCUUAUGGCCUUGAAGCUGAAGCCUUGUCAGCCAGCUCAUUAAAUCCUCUUUUAUCGGAUCACUUUCUAGUAACUUUUGAAUUUGUGCUUUCAGGCUAUUCUUCUCACAGCAAAACCGUGCUAACUAGAAGGUUGUCUGAAAAUGCUGUGAUUAAGGCAAUGUACCAUUGCCAUUGUGACUGAGGCAAUUCUGUCUGCUCUUGAUUCUGUGCUUGAGAAGAACUUAAUUGAUAGCUCAUACUUGAACAUCAGUCCCUUGCAACUUGAUCAGUUCGUUGAUGAUACCUCAGGCACAUUGCGAUCAAUUCUUGACUCAGUUGCUCCUGUUCGACAGAAAACUCUUACACGCGAGAGGCUGGCCCAGUGGUAUAAUGCUGAAACCCGUGAGCUGAAACAGUUAUUAAGAAAACGAGUUAUUAAGAAAACGAGAAAGGAUUUGGCGCUCUUCCAAAACAGCUGAAGCUCGUUUUCUCUGGCAGGAAUGUCUUGACAAAUAUAAGAAGGCCUUGCGACGUGCUCGGACAACUUACUACUCGUCUCUUAUUGAAGCAAAUAAGAAUAACCCCAGGUAUCUCUUCAGCACUGUAGCCAGGCUGAUGGACUGUCAGAGCACUGUUGGACCAUGUAUCCCAUUGGCCCUCAGCAGCAACAAUUUUUUGAGCUUCUUUAAAGAAAAAGUCUUAAAAAUAAGAGGCAAAAUUAGUAACCUCCUGCCUUCAUCAGGUGUUUCUCUCUUAGAUAACCCUAAAAUUGUUGAGGAGCCCCUAAGGCCUCUGGUGCAUCUAUUGACCUCUCUGAGUUAAAUUCAGUGGUGUUGGCAGCCAAACCAUCAACGUGUCUUUUAGACCCAAUUCCAUCUAAACUGCUGAAGGAAACUCUUCCUUUGAUUAGUACAUCCUUGCUUAACUUGAUCAUUAUGUCUUCAUUAACAGGAUAUGUUCCCCAGUCUUUUAAGACUGCGUUGAUUAAACCUCUCCUUAAAAAACCUCCUCUUGACUCAGGCCCCCUAGCUUACUAUAGACCAAUAUCCAACCCUAAAGUCCUAGAGAAAGUUGUUGUGAUACAACUUUGUGAUUUUCCUUAUAACAACAGUUUAUUGGAGGAUUUCCAGUCUGGAUUUAGAACCCAUCACAGCACAGAGACUGCUCUGCUGAAGGUGACAAACGACCUACUCAUGGCUCCUCUCUGUUCUUGUCCUGUUGGAUCUCAGUGCUGCGUUUGACACAAUCGACCAUCGCAUCCUGCUUCAGAGACUGGAACAAUCAAUCAGCAUAGCAGGAUCCGCCCUUUCCUGGUUUAAAUCUUAUCUAACGGAUAGAUCCCAGUUUGCCCAUGUUAAUAAUGAAUCCUCUGCGCACACCAAGGUCUGCUACAGAGUCCCGCAAGGGUCGGUGCUUGAACCAAUCCUCUUUAACUUGUACAUGCUUCCUCUGGGUAAAAUUAUACGGAAGUACUCAAUUAAUUUCCACUGCUAUGCAGAUGACACCCAGUUAUACAUGAAGCCAGAAUAAACAAAUCAGGUUACCAAGUUAGAAGCUUGUCUCAAAGAUAUAAAAUCCUGGAUGACCAAUAACUUUCUGAUGCUCAACUCAGACAAAACUGAAGUUCUUGACCUCGGUCCUAAACACCUUAGAGAGGCAUUCUCUAAAAACAUAGCUACGCUAGAUGGCAUCAGUCUGGCACCCAGCCCCACUGUGCGAAAUCUGGGAGUUUUAUUUGAUCAGGAUUUGUCCUUUAGCUCCCACAUUCAACAAAUCUCUAGGGUAGAUUUUUUCCACAGUGAUGCAGAAAAUCUAGUUCAUGCUUUUGUUACCUCUAGGUUGGAUUACUGUAAUUCUCUCUUAUCAGGCUGCUCUAAUAAGUUUUUAAGGACUCUUCAGCUGGUCCAAAAUUCAGCAGCUCGGGUAUUGACUAGAACCAGAGGAAGGGAGCACAUCUGUCCUGUCUUAGCCUCUCUUCAUUGGCUCCCUAUUAAAUCUAGAAUUGAGUUUAAAAUCCUCCUUAUGACAUAUAAAGCGCUUAAUGGCGAGGCUCCAUCAUAUCUCGACGAGCUUGUAAUAUCUUACUUUCCGUCUAGACUGUUACGCUCACAGUCUGCAGGUCUGCUCGUUGUACCAAAUGUAGUAUUGGAGGAAGAGCUUUCAGCUAUCAGGCACCUCUCCUCUGGAAUCAUUUACCGCUCGAGGUUCGGGGGGCAGACACCCUCUCAACUUUCAAGAGUAGACUUAAAACGUUCGUCUUUGAUAAAGCUUAUAGUUGGGGCUGACUUGAACCAGCUUAUAGUUAUGCUGCUAUAGGUCUGGACUGCCGGGGUUAUCUGGCACACUGAGCUAGAGUCUGUCUCUAUCUCUCCUUUAGAUCUUUAUGUCCCAUAUAAGUCACUAACCAGAUUUCUCUCUCUCUGAGUGUCUCUGAGUCUUUUAGCUUCCCCUGGACUAAUGCUGCAGACAGUCUGCUGCGGAACUGCCUGACCCCAGCUGCAUCGUCUUUGACGAUGGCCCUGAGCUCCUCCAUCUCUUAGGCUCCUCUGGACCGUUGCUGUAGUCACGUAUGUCAGCUUAACUGACAUCUAUAAAAAAAAACUAGAGUACACUGCCAUUGAGUUUAACUUUAAUCGCCUUAAAUUAAUUUAACAUAGUCCAUAAUUAGUUACUUCAUUAUCCUGUACAUUGAAGUCAUUUUCUCCCAUCAAAUUGCUAACCAGAGCUCUCUGUAUGUCUCUGAGCCCCCAGUCUCCUAGGUUGCUCUGGACUGAUGGCUACAGACGGUUGGCUGCUGCAGACCUGCCUGACUCCAGCCGCAUCGUCUAUGCUUGUCCGCUUCAGGCCCUGAGCGCCUUCUUCUCUUGGGUUCCUCUGGACUGCAGACAUGAACAUCAGCUUCACUGAUAUUAAUAACAAAACUAGAGUUAACUACUAUUAGGCCUGCUGACUGUAAUCACAUUAAAUUAAUUUAACACAGUCCAUAAUAACUCAUAUCCUAACCCGGUAAACUGAAUUUAUUUUGUUUUACGAUUACAUGAGCUGUUGGUGUUGUUGCUGUUGUUUUAAUGUUGCUGCUGUUCCCUGUCUCUCUCUCUCACCCUCAUUCUCUACUCUCUCUCCCUCCCCCUCCCACUCCCUUACUCAUUCUCUCUAUCCUUCCCCUAUCUUGUUCUCUCCCUCUCCCCCUGCCCUCUUCUCUCUCUCUCUCUCCCUCUAUCUCUCUGUAUUCCUCCUUAACCCAGCAGCGGCAUGGUGGCUGUCUGGCAUGAGUCAGGUCCUGCUCAAGGUUUCUGCCUGUUAAAAGGAAGUUUUUUCUUGCCACUGUUACUCAUGUUAGAUGAGAUGGGCCAAAACCCAUCUUAGGUUGGGUCUUGUUAAUUCAUCAAACAAUGAGCAUGGUCUAGACUUGCUCAAGUUCUUUGAAAAGUGUCUUGGGAUGCCAACUGUUGUGAAUUGGCACUAUAUGAAUAAAAUGUGAUUGAUUGAUUGAUUGAUUGAUUGAUUGAAAAGUGCCCUUCCAGUGGUCACCUCACGCUGCAGCAGACUUCCAGACACUCAAAGAUCGGUUCACAUCAUCGCCUUUCCUCCAGGUACCGGACUCAGAGUGCCAGCUUGUGGUCGAGGUGUAUGCCUCUGAUGUUGGGUUAGGGGCUGUCUUGUCUCAGCGCUCUGGCACCGACCACAAACUCCAUCCCUUUGCCUUUUUUUCUCAACGCUUGUCCUCUGCAGAGAGUAAUUAUGACAUUGGUAACAGAGAACUGUUGGCAGUUAAGAUGGCCCUAGAAGAGUGGUGCCAUUGGCUGAAGGGCACCAAGGAACCUUUUCUUGUGUGGACUGAUCACAAGAAUUUGGAGUAUAUACGCUCAGCUAAAAGACUGAACUCUCGCCAGGCCCGCUCGUUUCAACUUCACCCUCACCUACCGUCCGGGGUCCCGUAAUGCUAAGCCCGACACCCUUUCCCGCCAGUUUCAGAGGACAGAGGAUUCUGUUGAAAGACCCGAGCCUAUCCUCCCCACAUCCUGCCUUGUUGCUGCAUUGACCUGGGACAUAGAGGAGAGGGUGAGAGCAGCUGCUGAAGGGCAGCCAGGUCCCAGCUCCUGCCCGUCAAACUGCCUUUUCGCCCCUCCAGCCUUGAGGUCAGAUGUGCUACAAUGGGCCCACUCCUUCAAGCUCUCCUGCCACCCUGGUGUUCAAGGGACACGGCAUGCCCUCCUCCAACAUUUCUGGUGGCCCACCUUGCAGAAGGACAUCCAAGAAUUCAUCAAAGCCUGUCCAACUUGCAGUCAACACAAGACCUUCUGCCAGCCCCUGGCUGGGCUGCUUCAACCUCUUCCUGUUACUCACCGUCCAUGGUCGCACAUAUACUUGGAUUUUGGAUCUGUCACUGUCGCAGAAUUUGGCUCCAAGCUCGCCCCACCCUCCUUCAGUUUGUGGGUCGCUACACUGCCACUGCCAACCAUCACUGCGCAACUGCACCUACCUACCAAGCAGGUCAGCAAGUGUGGCUCUCCACCUGGGACACCUGGGAGUCCCAAAAGAUGGCUCCUUGGUUCAUCGGGCCUUUCACUAUCCAGAAGGUCAUCAAUCCAGUGGCAGUCCGGUUAAAGCUCCCAUGUUUCAUGAGAGUUCACCCAACAUUCCAUAUCUCCAAGAUCAAGCCAGUCCACAACAGUCCCUUGGUUCCUGCAGCACCUCCCCCUCCACAAAUGGUCAAUGGCAGUCCAGUGAAUACAGUUUGUUGCCUGAUUGGCUCACGUAGGCAGGGUAGAGGUCUCCAUUACCUUGUCGACUGGGAGGGUUACAGUCCUGAAGAGAGGUCCUGGGUUCCUGCUCGCCAUAUUGUGGGGGAGGGGGGGUUCUGUAACAGUCCACUCUGCUUCUCUCCUGGGGCCUUAUGUAUCAACACUUGCAUGGGACUCAUACCAGAAACGUGCGCACGCAAGGUCCAUAGGGCUGCAACGAUUAGUCGACGUAAUCGAUUACGUCGACAACAAAAAUUCAUCGACACGAAAACUUAAGCGUCGACGCGUCGUGUUAUUGUUGUUGAAAUUCACAUGCCGGCGCCUCAUGCUCAUCUAUAACUGCAGUGCACUCCAGGAUGUGCUGGGGGCAGUAGUGCUCGCUGUUUACAUCCCGCAAGCAAACCUAUGACGAAAACACAGAAGAGGAAUGCACACAGUAUGGCAGGAAGAACCGAAGACGACGCCCAAAAACUUUGUCCCAAAACUUCCAGAGUUUGGGAACAUUUUAACGAGAACAAGCCAAAAAAGCAGGUUAAGUGCAUGCUAUGCAAAGCCCAGCUUUCGUACCAUGGCAGCACGACGGCGAUGCAUGAGCAUCUGAAACGCCGACACCCCGGAGCCGUAACAUGUACCGCAGAAAGGUGAGUUCACAAAUAACUGUGAUACUUCGUAGAUAUUUUAAAACGACAUGCUAAUUUGUUAAUUAAUCACCAGCCUAUGAUGCAAAUACAACGUGUGUGUCGGAGAUCAGUCAGUCGGGAAAUCAUGGGAGAAGCUUGUUAAGCAAGCGCUAUUCACUUACGUUAAUGCAUAUUUUACGGCAGUAAUCAAUGAAUUACAGGCGUUAGGCCUACUAGCUUUUAUACUGAAUUGUAAACCUUGUGCGCUUAUCAACUGUGUGAUUUGGAGCAUAUUAGUUCAAUAUUUAAGACUAAGAUAUUUCACAACUAAGAAAUCUGUGAUUUGUUUCAGGUAUUUAAUUUUGAAAAAUUUAAAUUUGAAUUGUGAAGUAAUAUAACUCGUUUUAUUCUCUUUGAUUUAGUAGUGUUAAGCAGAGGCGUGUGGAUGAGUUUGUCAUGAGAAGAGGUUCAUGCACCCCCCAAAUGGCUGAAGUCCUGACACAGAGCAUCCUUAACAUGAUUGUAACCGACAUGAGACCAAUAGCCAUGGUUGAAGAUGAUGGCUUCAAGCAGAUGAUCCAGACCUUUCAUCCAGGCUACACCUUGCCAUCCAGAACUCAUUUUACCAAACUGAUUGAAGAAAAGUAUGAGACUGCUGUCAGUGACAUAAAGGCAACUCUUAAAUUAAACAAGAACAAGAUUGCCCUCACAGCUGAUGCCUGGACAAGCAUUUCCACAGAGGCAUAUCUUGGCAUCACAUGUCACUUCAUAAGUGAUGACUGGGAGCUCACAAGCCUCUGUCUCACAACCAUGCCACUAGAAGAACGACAUACUGGAUCAAACAUUGCUGCAUGGAUUGAGGAGGCCAUGGCAAGGUUUGAGAUCUCUGCAAGCAAUAUUGUGGCUGUUGUCCAUGACAAUGGCUCCAACAUUGUCCUGGCUGCAAACAUUCUGCAAGAAAAACAUGGGUGGAUGUCAAUCCGCUGCGCUGGUCACACUUUGCAAUUAGUGAUCAAUCGUGCUCUAAAACACCCUCAGAUCAUAAAAACACUGGGAGCAGCAAGAUGUCUUGUGGAGCACUUCAGAAAAAGUGAACUGGCUUCAAGCAAGCUGAAGACCAAACAGAAACAGAUGGGGACCCCAGAACAUAAACUUAUCCAAGAUGUCUCUACCAGGUGGAACAGCACCUUUUAUAUGGUCAUCCGUUUGCUGGAACAGAGAUGGCAACUGACUGCAACACUGUCUGACCCAACAGUCACGCAGAGUGAUAAACAGUACCUUGACCUGAAAGCAGAUCAGUGGCUCCUGCUAGAGGAACUGGCUAAAGCUCUUAAAGCCUUUGAAUGCGCCACAGUCUACUUGAGUAGUUAAAGUUAUGUGACAGUUUCUGCUCUCCCUCCU